CCAAAGAUAACAAUCUUCAAUGUUUAGAUUUACCUUCCUCAAAACAUACCUUUAUCAUUCUGCUGGAAUUGAGAACAAUCAGCUUUUUUUGUUAACAGCGAAACAUUGAUUAUAAACAUCCUUAUCGGCAACGGCAAACCAACAACAUCCUGAGCUCGGCUAAGCAAAUCUAUUCUUGCCGACUUCGUAAGGUAUUCAGAGUUGACACAUUCCACCAUGAGAGCCAUCGACGCGUUCCUGUGUCUCAUACACACCGCAGCAGUGCUAUCAGUCAAAGUGAAGGUCGUCAUGCAUUCCGAUGAAGAUUCUAGAAUAGAAGACGAAUUAGCAGACUCCAGAAUCUUCAAGAACAAGAUAGAAAUCACCAUGUUGCCAUUCAUCAAAAAGUCAUUAGCGGAGAACGACGAAGAAAGAUCUGCGACAGAGAAACCUAGACAGCAUCCUAAUGAACUGUUGUUCCCAUUAAUAUAUCGUCAGAGUCAUAUAAACAGUAUGUUCAAAUUUGGCGACAACUGGUACACAUGGUCAACUGAGAAACGGACGGACGGAUCGAAGGCUACCAAUUAUUAUAUAUGUUAUGAUGAACCCAAGCAUUGUGAUGAAAUAGGAUGGGAGCGCUCAGAUACAAUACCGAAAUGCGCAUUUCAAAUAGAAGCCUUGACACCCGAUGACCGUGCUUGCGUGAACAGCUUUGGGGUCGAAAGUACACCAAGUUCUACAUGCGAUGGCGGCAUACUUAUGAAGGUGAGCGAGAUAGUCCACUCUUGCGGGCCGCGCGUACGCUCCUUGUGGCGAUUCGCACGCGCAGGCCAUCGGCCAGCCGAUGUAAUCAAGCCUGCCGAUGUCAACUCACUGCUGUGCGAGGACGAAGACGAGUGCUACCUCACCGUCGAGUACAGGAUUCAUCACGAUCGCAUUACGUUCUCACUCCACGAACCGUCUCGCGGGCAGACUUUCAAAAGCACAUUGAAACGAGAAAUUAUCGACGACAAACCCACCACCACCGAAGGUCACGCCAAAACGCACCGCGGCAAGAAAAUGCAAGAAACACAAAGGAACAAGAAAAAAAACAUGAGAUCAAGAAAAUUGGAAGGCAAGGGUGUGGCGAAGGAGAAAAACGAUUCCGGCUAUUCCAAUAGACAUGUUAAAAAUAAAAUUAAAGUGCGGGAGGACGUUUCGGACGACGUAUCGAAUUAAUUAAUUAAAACUUAC